UUCCUCAUUCUCUUCUGCCUCCAGCUCUGCCAUUAGCUGUCAUCUCAGCAGCCAGCCAGAGCAAUGGGAAACUGGGAGUCCCAUCUCUACGAACAGCCUGCCCAGAAACUGGGUGAGUUUAUCCAGGACAACCUGAGGCCCUUUGAAGACUGUCAGAAACGGAUCGACCAGACCGUGGACACCAUCUGUGCAGUCCUGCAGGAAGCUGAGCAGUUCCCCAUGGUGACCAGUGUGGCCAAAGGUGGCUCCUAUGGCCGGAGAACAGUCUUGAGGGGAAACUCCGAUGGUACCCUCGUCAUCUUCAUCGGUGGUCUUGAACAAUUCCAGGAUCAGAAGAAAAGCCAACAUGACCUCCUCAGGAAAAUCUGGGCACAGUUGAAACACUGUGAGCUCACAAUGAAGCUGGCAGCCAAGAUGGAGAUCCAAAGCAUCAAUGGCAAGCUCACCGUCCAGCUGUCCACAAAACAGCAGAGCAUCACUUUUGAGAUGCUGCCCGCCUUCAACGCUCUGGGCUUAAGUGAGAAGCCCAGCCUCUGCACCUAUCGAGAGCUCAAAAGAGCCUUGGAUAUGGUGAAAGCCAGCCCCGGUGAGUUCUCAAUCUGCUUCACUGAACUCCAGGAGAAGUUUUUUAGCAACCAUCCCAGCAAGCUGAAGGAUUUGAUCCUCUUGGUAAAGUACUGGUGUCAAAAGUGCCAGGAAAAGCUGAAGGAUUCAUCCCUGCUGCCCCUGUAUGCGCUGGAGCUGCUUACAGUCUAUGCCUGGGAACAGGGGUGUGGAGCAGAAGACUUUGAUAUAGCUGAAGGUAUCAGGACUGUUCUGGAGCUUAUCAGCAAGCAGGAGCAGCUGUGUGUCUAUUGGACAGUCAACUACAACUUUGAGGAUGAGACCGUCCGCAACAUCCUGCUGGGCCACCUCCGAUCCCCGAGGCCGGUGAUCUUGGAUCCAACUGACCCAACCAGUAAUGUGAGCAAAGAUAACACCUGCUGGCAGCUGCUAAAACAAGAAGCUCAAACCUGGUUAUUUUCUCUCAGGCUGAACGAGUCACCUGGACUGUCCUGGAAUGUUCUGCCUGCACCGCUCUACGUGACCCCAGGCCAUCUUCUAGAUAAGUUCAUCAAGGACUGUCUCCAGCCCAACAGGACUUUCCUAGAUCAGAUCAAGAAAGCUGUUGAUGUCAUCUGUAAGUUCCUUAAAGAAAAUUGCUUUCGACAUUCAACUACAAAGUGUCAGAAGAUUGUCAAGGGGGGGUCAACCGCCAAAGGCACAGCUCUGAAGAGUGGCUCCGAUGCCGACCUUGUUGUGUUCGUGGACUCGCUGAAAAGCUACACCUCCCAAAAAAACGAGAGAUGCAGAAUCAUCAAGGAAAUCCAUAAGCAGCUGGAAGCCUGUCAGCAGGAGAAGGAUUUUGAAGUGAAGUUUGAGAUUUCAAAAUGGAAGGCUCCCCGGGUGCUGAGCUUCACUCUGAAAUCCAAGGUCCUCAACGAAAGUGUUGACUUUGAUGUGCUGCCUGCAUUUAAUGCCCUAGGUGAACUGAAGUCUGGCUUUACACCCAGCCCCAGGAUCUAUGCUGACCUCAUCCGUUUGCAUAAAUCCUCAGACGCCCUAGGGGGAGAAUUUUCUACCUGUUUCACGGAGCUACAGCGCAAUUUCGUUUGCUCCCGGCCCACCAAACUGAAGGAUUUAAUUCGCCUGGUGAAGCACUGGUACAAAUGGUGUGGAAGCAAACUGAAGCAAAAGGGGUCUCUGCCCCCCAAAUAUGCCUUGGAGCUGCUCACCAUCUAUGCCUGGGAGCAGGGGAGCGGGGCGCAGGAUUUCGACACUGCUGAAGGUUUCCGGACGGUCCUGGAGUUGGUCACAAAAUAUCAGCAUCUCUGUGUCUUCUGGUUGGUCAACUACAACUUUGAUGAUGAGACUGUGAGGAACUUCCUCCUGACCCAGAUCCAGAGAACCAGGCCUGUGAUCUUGGACCCAGCCGAUCCUACUGGCGACGUGGGUGGAGGGCACCAUUGGUGUUGGCAUCUUCUGGCAGAAGAAGCUACUGAAUGGUUGUCAUCUCUCUGUUUCAAAGAUGGGUCGGGUUGUCCCAUACAAUCGUGGAAAGUGCCAACAGUGCAGUCACCAGGAAGUUGCGGAGCAGGGAUACAUUCUAUUGUCAGUGAGAUGCACUUAUUCAGAAGGUGUAGAUUCCUGGAAUAAUAAUGCUGGAAGAAACGUCUAGAGACCAUCAGGCAAUUGAUUUUUUUUUUUUUUGUGGUCAAUAAACUACAAAAUUUACAAACCCAA